UCUGGGUAAACCGAGUGCAUACGUAGGAGUGAUAAAAUGGCGGAAAAGCAUGGAUAUGAAGCAGUCCAAGGAUACGGGUACAACUACGGCAACCAGCCCACCAAAAGGGCUCGCGUAGAUAGUUCAGACUCAAACAAUCGCUAUGGUGGUGGAGAUCCUCAUUUUGCUGAACCCAGUCGAGUCGUUCACGUGCGCGGAGUUGCAGACGAAGCGAGAGAGCAAGAUUUGAUGCAGUGCCUCUCGCAGUACGGAAAUAUCAGUUGUAUCACCAUGAUGCCUAAGAUACGUCAAGCCCUUGUAGAAUUUGAGGAAAUCGCAUGUGCUAACACACUAGUGAAUCAAACCCAGAUGGGAAACCCAGUCAUCUUGUGUGGUAGACCAGCAUAUGCCAACUACUCCAAAAGCAAACAAAUCUCCAGGAAUGUCCAUGUUCGCUCAGAAACCCAGCCCAACAAGAUCUUACUGAUCACAAUCAUCAACCCUCAAUAUGUGGUCACUACUGAUAUCUUGCACACCAUCUUCAGCAAGCAAGGAAUGGUGCAGCGGAUUGUCAUCUUCAGGAAGAGUGGGCUACAGGCCAUGGUCGAAUUUGAUUGUGUUGAAGCAGCUCGACAUGCUAAGGAGACUCUGAAUGGUGCUGAUAUCUACACAGGAUGCAACACUCUCAAAAUUGAGUACUCAAGGGCUCAACAAUUGAAUGUCCGCAAGAAUGAUUCUGAGACUUAUGACUACACCCAAGAUAAAGGACCUGGUAUGCUUGGGCAUCCUCCACCAAAACAAGGUCUCCUGAGCCCACCACCACCAGCUUACGGGGGUGGUCCUCCAGCCUAUGGAGGGGCGCCAAACUAUGGAGGAGCCCCGCCCAUGGGGUAUGGUGCACAGCCCAUGCAGGCGCCACAGAUGCAGACAUACAGGAACCACCCCUCGGGUGGGAACGUCAUCAUGGUCUACGGGCUAGACAAAGAUAAGAUGAACUGUGAUAGGCUAUUCAAUCUUCUUUGUUGCUAUGGCAAUGUCAUUAAGAUUAAGUUCCUUCUGGGCAAACCGGGCACUGCCAUGGCAGAGCUCCAUGAGCAUGUGGCUUGUAACACUGUGAUGGAAAAUCUCUCUAAAAUGACACUGUUUGACCAGCAGUUGGAGUUCAGUUUCUCCAAGCAGGACUACCUUGUGGAACCAGCAAAUGUGCCAAAUCUUCCUGAUGGUAGCCCCUCCUUUAAGAGUUUUGACAAUUCCAAGAACAACAGAUUCACCAGUGCUACAGCCAGCAGUAAAAACCGUGUGUUCACGCCAAUGAAGGUUCUGCACUUCUUCAACGCUCCUGUUGACUGUACCGAGGAGCAAAUAAGAGAGAUGUGUCAAGUUUGUGGCGUAGCUCCCCCAAAGACUAUUAAAAUGUUUUCACCCUCUGGAAAUGCAAGGACUUCGUCAGGUCUCAUCGAAUGGGAAUCUGUGACCCAGGCCCUUGAGGCUCUCGUCAUGUGCAAUCAUUACGUCAUCCGCAACUCAACUGCAAAGACCAUAUUUACUGUCAAGCUUGCAUUCUCCUCGACCCCUACCGCAUCAUAGACACGCCCGCUCGUUGCUGGCGAUCAAGUGUUCUAGAACGUUUCUCAGACGUUUUCAGCCCAGUCGGCCCACCCGGUUCGAUGUACUAUAGGUCGUCAAAGAAUUUCCGAUUUCCAUUAGGAUCGUAUAGCGAGAUUUAUUAUUUGAAUGGCAAGGACAUAUUCCACAUGAUGGACAUAUAAUAGAAGAUGUUACCGUUUCGUUAUAGCUUUGUUUGUCCUUUUCAAAAUUGCAAACCCAUCCAACAUUUUGUCACUCACCCAACAUAUUAUCACAAUAAACAAAGAGCAUAGUUUUCUUAGAAGAUUGUAUUGUCCAGAUAAUACAUUAACGUGCCUUGUGCAUCGCAGGUAACUUGGUAUUUUUAAUUUGAAAUGUUUUUUUCAAGUUUUUAAAGAAUUUGAUUCUGGGACGUUCAUACUUAGUAACAUUGUGCAUCUUUGGCCUUAAUAAAGUGAAAAUGAAAUAAAA